CUUCAGAAGCUGCGUUGGCUUGCAGGCAAGCAGGCAGCCACGAAAACCUUCCAGCGUGACAAGUUUGCGGCACAGCGAGCGUGCGAGGCGCUCCAGAAAAACUUCUCCCGAGCGACCCUCGAGCGGAUUGCCAUCUCCGCAAAAACACGAUAAUCCCGUGAAGCAUGCGUGGAUGCUAAGAGCGUUCCAGCCCCUUGAACGCUGAGCUCGACCAACAUUGACCGACAUCCUGUUCUCUAGUGAGAAUCCCACGCCCACUCCCGCGAUAUGUCUGCCGUGGUGGAGACCAGCAUGCCUGUCGUCGUCAACGCCGACGCGAGCCCUGUAUCACCGGCCCCGACCUCAAACUCCCCUCCUGCCUCACCUGCGACCGCAGUGUCUAAAGUUCCAUUCAGGAAAGACAAAAAGAGAGUGGCGGAUAAAACGGACGAGUACCUGCUGGCCAGGUUUCAAGGUGACGGCGUGAGGUACAAAGCCAAACUGAUCGGCAUUGACGACGUCCCCGAAGCCCGAGGAGACAAAAUGUGCCAGGACUCCAUGAUGAAACUGAAGGGAAUGGCGGUAGCUGCGCGCUCACAAGGAAAACACAAACAGCGGAUCUGGGUUAACAUUUCCAUGUCCGGCAUCAAAAUCAUUGACGAAAAAUCGGGAGUGAUCGAGCACGAGCACGUGGUGAACAAGAUCUCCUUCAUCGCCAGAGACGUGACGGACAACCGAGCUUUCGGCUACGUGUGCGGCGCAGAGGGCCAGCAUCAGUUUUUCGCAAUCAAGACGGCCCAGCAGGCGGAACCGCUGGUCAUAGACCUGAAGGACCUCUUUCAAGUCAUCUUCAACAUGAGGAAGAAGGAGGCGGAGGCCUCACAGAAGGGAGAAAAUGGCAGUGCAGUUGUCGAGAAUGGAAGUAAUGCUGCUCCAGUAAAAAGCGCCCAACCAGUGGAGCAGCUGGACCUGUUCGGAGACAUGUCGACACCUCCAGACAUCCGGUCUCCGGACGACUCUAAUGAUAUUCUCUUGCUGGACUUUUCCGCUGAAGUCGACAGCAAUCAGAAUUGCAUAAAGGAAAAGCUUUUAACUUCCUGUGCCGCCGACCACAGGGCGCAGACAGAGAAUCCCUUCUGCUCAACGUUGUGCUACUUUCCAACCCCGGACAGCGACCCUUUCAGAGACGAUCCGCUGUCCGUCGGCGACGGCGGCCAGAUCGUCUCUGCUAGGACGGCCGUUAGCGACCCUUUGAACGGAGUUGCCGCCGCGCAGGCCUUAACCAGUAAGAGCGUGAUCCUUGCCCUUCGCAACGGCCAGUGGCCGCUCGGAGGCAAAAUAACGCACGGCGGUAUGAUGGACGGCAGCGAGUCGGGAUCGUCUCUGUCUGCGCAAAACCCCUUUUUUGACUCGAACGGUGCGAGCCACCAAUCUGCGGAGAAUGCGAGCAAGGACUCGGUGGUUCUAAACCCGCCUCCGCAGAACUCCAAGGCCGGACGAGGUCGAAGGAGUCAGAAGGCCUCAGCAAGUGAAUCGUUCGGAGCGGAUUUGUUUGCUUCUGAUGGCUCGUCGGCUGCCGGCAACCUGUUCAACAAUACGCCGACCAACGCUACGCAGUCCUCUAUCGCGGCUUUGGGAGAUCUUCAGUUAGGACCGACAGCGAGCACCAGCAUUCCUACUGCGGGCAUGUGGGCAACCUCCAGCGUUGGCCCAUCCAUGUACGGAGCCCCUGCCUACCCACAGCCGUCCGCCUUUGGCGGUAUUCCCAUACCACCCAACGCCUGGGGUCAGCAGAUGCCUCCUCAGUUCGGCGCCCCGCAACUCGCCUGGGGCCAGCCCACCUCGCCGCCCGCAGUUUGGGGCCACCCGGCUUCCACCAACCCUUUCCAGCCCGGCCCCUUCCCCGGCCUGGGUGAGCAGCAAGGUCCGUCCCGCCCGCCCCCACGGCCGCCUGUGAAAGAGGCCCCAAAAGUGGAGAGAAAUGCCUUCACUGCUUUGGACCCUCUUGGCGACAAAGAGAAGAAAUCUGGGAAAGACAUGUUCAAGAAUUUCCAGCUGGCCAAACCGCCCGCCAUUCCUGCGAGGAAAGGCGAACAAGCGGCCGCCCCGGCGACAGAAUCAGGGGCUUUCGACGAGUACUUCUCCAAUAAAGUGGGCGUGGCUCAAGACGCUGCAGAUCAUGACGACUUUGACAUUAAUCAGUUGUCACCGGCAGUCAAUGACAAACCUCCAAACCUGAAUGCUCCUGGCCUCCUGGAUGCCGCCUUCAUCUCAAACAGCUCAGCUCUGGGACCAGGCCCGAAUGUAGACAUGUUCGAUGAGGCGUUUGGAGCCCCCAACGCCACUCCGUUUGGGGUGCCGGCUGCCCCAAUGACCGCCCCUGUUGCUCAGAACUCCACGAACACCUUUGGAGAUCCUUUUGGAAAUCCCUUCGCUUGACCGUACAAUUAUUCUGUAAUUGAGAUUCCAUGAAGUAACAUCGUGAGGACGAACCGCUCCGAGACGAUCGAAAAUGGUCUCCGUCCAGCCUUCUUCCACGUUGCCGUCUCUAUUAUGUAUGAUUCGUAGUUCCCUAUUUUUUCCUUAGAGCAAUGAUCCAACACAUUGUCAUGUUCUGCUGAAGAAUGAUGGAAAAGAAAAAAUUUUGUAUGAAAGAAGGGUCCCAGGAGGUCCACUGCUGAUGUUGCCUGUAUAAAAAAAUAAAAUAAAAUAAUGUUGAAGCUGCACCUUG